ACACAGGAUAACAAGAUGGCGGAGAGUGCGGAACUGAAGCAAAUGGUAAUGAGCCUUCGAGUUUCUGAGCUCCAAGUGUUGCUGGGGUACGCGGGACGGAAUAAGCACGGACGCAAACAUGAACUUUUGACCAAAGCUCUCCACCUACUGAAGGCCGGUUGCAGUCCCGCGGUGCAGAUGAAGAUCAAAGAGCUCUACAGACGGCGCUUCCCAACCAAAAUGGUUUCACCGGUGGACCUCGCUCUUCCCGGCGUUCACUCUGCAUCCAGCUUGCCCGCUGGCCUCGCCCAGCUGGGGUUUGACAGCCACGGUUCCCCGUCGCCGCUGCUGCCUGUUUCUUUACUCGGGCCUAAACACGAGCUAAGUCUGCCUCACCUCCCCUCCGCUCUGCACCCUGUCCACCCAGAUGUCAAGCUCCAGAGAUUGCCGUUCUAUGACGUGCUGGAUGAGCUCAUUAAGCCAACGAGCCUGGCUUCAGACAACAGUCAACGGUUCCAGGAAGCGUGUUAUGCCUUUGCUUUAACACCACAGCAAGUUCAACAGAUCAGCAGCUCCAUGGACAUAUCUGGGACCAAAUGUGACUUUGCUGUUCAGGUCCAGUUAAGAUUUUGUUUAUCAGAAACCAGCUGUCCCCAGGAGGAUCAUUUCCCCCCCAAUCUGUGUGUGAAGGUGAAUGGCAAGCCAUGUAACCUCCCGGGAUACCUUCCUCCCACCAAAAAUGGCGUUGAACCAAAAAGGCCCAGCCGUCCCAUUAAUAUAACGUCUCUCGUCCGACUCUCCACCACGGUCCCCAACACAAUCGUGGUGUCGUGGACUUCAGAAAUUGGGAGGAGUUUUUCCAUGGCUGUGUAUUUGGUGAGGCAGCAGUCGUCUGCGGUGUUGUUGCAAAGACUACGGGCCAAAGGAAUUAGGAACCCUGACCACUCAAGAGCCCUGAUCAAAGAGAAACUGACAGCUGAUCCAGAGAGUGAGAUCGCUACAACCAGCCUACGAGUCUCUCUCCUGUGUCCUCUGGGGAAGAUGAGGCUGACAAUCCCGUGCCGAGCAAUGACGUGCUCACACCUUCAGUGCUUCGAUGCUACACUUUAUAUUCAAAUGAACGAAAAGAAGCCAACCUGGGUGUGUCCUGUCUGUGACAAGAAGGCUCCGUAUGAGCACCUCAUUAUUGACGGGUUGUUCAUGGAAAUCUUGAACAGCUGUUCUGACUGUGAUGAAAUCCAGUUCAAAGAAGAUGGAAACUGGUCCCCCAUGAGGUCAAAGAAAGAGGUGCAGGAGGUGUCUGCUUCCUACAACGGUGUAGAUGAUUUGUCUCGAACAGAAACGCACGAAAAGAAACGAGGAUCCUCCAAUGACAGCAGCAAGAAAGUGGAUGUGAUUGAUCUGACACUGGAUAGCUCCUCGGAGGACGAGCUGGACGAUGAGCCACCUCCUAAAAGGGCCUGUCCCUCGCUGUCUCCCGUCUCUCCACCUGCAACCAAGGGAGUGCUGAAUCUGCACAGCCAGGCGUCUCCUGUGACAAGAGCUCCCAGCAUGCCAUCCGUGGAGACCAGCUACAUUCCUCCUCCUCCUCCUCUUAUCCAGGACUACCGCCACUAUUAUCACACAACAAGUGACCUGCCAGAUCUAAAUUUCUUCUCUUUCCUCCAAGGCGACAAUCAGCAUUACAACAUGGUGAUGGCUGCUGCAGCCGCUGCAUCGGCUUCCGCCUCAGAGGACCACGACCUGCUCCUCAACCGUUACCUGCCCUACAGCUCCGCUCAAAUGUUACGGGAGCAGCCGGGCACCCCUGGGAGCAGCACGCUGGCCGCCACCAACGGGGGCAGCAACAGUGGGAGCACCAGCAGUUUGGUGUCUUCCAGCAGUCUGCGGGACCGCGACAAAGACAGGGACAGGGACAGCCACAGCAUUUCAGGAUUAUCGAGGUCCUCGGUGGAAGCUGCAGCAGCAGCCGCCAUUUAUGGCUCCAUAUCUGACGUUAUCUCUCUUGACUAGAUGCACACACAGAACUGAAAGACAAGGGAGACCUCAAGAACAGGAGUUCUAUGUAAAUAAGGAAGAGGAAGAUGAAAGAAUACAGUGCUAUGUACAGAGAGGAAAAUCUAUUUUCAAUUUUACUUAUCAUAUGUAUAUAAACUUAGGACGCUUCCUGUCCGGUGAGUUACUUCAGUUGAUAUUUUUCUGUGAAUACUGAAGACUUUUUCACACCUCUUCAUGUGGUCCUUUGAUUAUAUUGUACCUUUUGUACCUGGUUUUUACAGUUUUGUUUCAAUAUUUCAUGUCGAUGGCAUUAUUUCAGUAUACAUGCACAGAGCCUGAAGAGGUGACACCUUAUAAAUAUUUAGAAUAUAAAGAAAAUGGGCAUUGUUAUAGAUGUACAAAAGGCGAGUCACAGCAAAACAGGAGAAUGUGUAAGACUUUAUUUUCUAAAUGGCAUCAUUUCUGUCAAAAAAUGUUUUGACAGCAGAAAGAUCUGGCCAUUUUUGCCAUCACUGUAGUUUUUUUCUGUGAGACAUUCAUGCUGUGGUCAUUCAUUUUAAGGAAUUAUUUAUGAUGUAAGUUAUGUUGGAUGUGUGCUGUUUUUUAAAAGAAGCAUUCCCUAUGCCUCUAUGAACUGUUGCCACUAGAAAUGAAAAGCAAGCGCUAGAUCCUUCUGUUGUCAUAACCGUUUCUCCUCGCUUCCUGCAGUCAAAUCAAACAUGAACAAUAUUGUUGGGACUGUACCUCGGGUACAUAUAAAUUGGGAGUAAUCAGUAUUGUGAGAUCAGGCUUUCGCAUUGAGUGAGUAAAAGGCAUCCACAAUUUGACCUUUAUAUCCAUCUAAGAUUUUCAAUAUUGUGUAUUUUCUUUUAAACUAUAUACGUUUUAUGUUGCCUAUUGCUCUUAAACUCAUGCACAGAAAACUACAGAGAAGUGUUGAUCUGCUCCACUUUCAAGACGAGACUAGCUUCUAGUUCACAUAAAGUUAAUUUUUUUAAUUUAAAGACUUAAAGCUGUUCACUAAGUGUAAGUGGAUCUAUUUCAUUAUGUCUUUAUGUUUGAAUUUAGCACUUGCUUCUCCCCCCCCCCCCACAGAGUCUGUGAAGCAGUGAAGUGUCACAGUUCACACUUAAAGAGUAGUUUUCAGCUUUGUAUGUCUCUGCAUAUUACCUGAAAGCUCACCUGUUCGAGUUCUACGCUGUCCCUUAGCGAGGCCACAGGAUGCACAGCCUUUCUCUGUGUUUAGUGUAUUUGCAACAGCCUUUAAGAUAACUGUGAUAGCUUAGUCUUCGAGUGAAUCACAACAUGCAUAUUGGCCGAGAAGUUGAAAACCAUUGAAGUUAUUAUUAUGGAUGCCUCCCCGCUCUUUAUUUCUUUUGACUUGUGCUUACAGUUAGGAUUAUUUAUUAUCAUAUAUAUUUUCAGCAUUUGGUUGAUUCGUGGAUAUGCAUUGCUGUCAUUGUAUGUGAUAUUUCUUUUGUAAUUAUAUAAUUAAUGCUAUUUAAAGAUGUCAUUGUUGCUUGACAUGUAACAUUUUCUGUUCCUGUCUGUUUUGCUAUCAGAUGAUGUCAAUAACUCAAUAGACGCUUUGAUCAUUUUGAACGGCUAUAAGGUCUACUGUGCUGUUUGAUAUCUGUAAGAAUUAAACCCAUACAAGAAAGUG